UAAAUUCGUAAUAUCAAUAGAAAGAACAUUUUAAGUGCCCCUAGAAUGGUAAUGUGCUAGUCAAUGAAAACGAACACCAAUUAAAUCCCGCUCGAGUCUGAAUAUCUCUAUAAAACAGAUUUUGAGACUAAAGUGAUAUUGAUAAUACAACGAAAAUGAAUUACAAGAUUGGAUUCAUGAGCUUGCUCGUGAUUACUUCAAUAAUCUUCCUCUUUCUGAUUCCAGAUAAAGUAGAAGCGCAAACAGAAUGCAUUGCACCAUGUACAUUGGUUGGGGACUGUACGGCCGCUUGCAUCAGAAAAGGAUACACUGUUGGUCAAUGUGUUGGCUGGAAGGAUGACGAUCCCUUUAUAUGUUGUUGCAACUAAUUGACUAAUUCAUAUCUAGUCAUUGCAUAUCUAAAUGUUUCGAAAUCAUCAAAACCAAUUAAAAAUAUGUAUCUUAUUUUACCAUCAAUAAUUCAAUAUCAGUACCAAAUAAGAGGGAAUAAUGAGCUAUCGGUGUGGAAUCAUGGAGAAUAUAAUUAGUUCAAAUCGGGUUGUAAUGGAGGGGAGAAGCAUUGACAUGAUCGUUGGCCAAACAUCACAUGACUCAAAAAGAGACUUUUCUUCUUUAAAGCACAUUUCCAUCUUUGCAAUCUCAUGUGCUUCUUGUCUCUCCUCUGUUUCCUUUCUUAAGUCCCCACCACAUUCACUUCCUUCAUUUCUCAAUCCAUUCACUAUUGAUUGAUUCCUUUUGAAGCAGCCCACCAAAGUACAUUUAGAGGCCAGUAAAGCAAGAUAACGACUCAUGAAACAACUUUAUAUCAAUGGACGUGAAAAGAAUUAAUCAUACAACUUUAUAUUACAGUUGAAGCCGUUUAAAUUAGGCUUCCACAUCCAAUAGGAAGCAUAUAUCGCAAGAGACCCCAAGAGUGAAAAAAAAAAAAAAAAAGUGAAAAGGAAAAA